GCAGUAUUGGGUCGUUGCACUUCGAUGGCGGGGAAGCAAAACCGUCGCGUCGCGUAAAGCGCAGCCAUUACCGCGCGGCCGCACUGCACGCAUGCGCGGAUAUCGUGAAUUGCGCGCCAAAAUAUUUCGCGAUCUCAAACAAACGAUUUGACGAUAUUAUUUUAUUAUUUUAUUUUUUAUAUGACAAAUCUUUUUUUUUACUUUAUACAAUUAUUUUUUGCAACUGUUAGUGCUGUGUUUUUGUUGUACGGGGACGUGUUUUAUUCAAAAUGAAGUAUAAGGUCAAGGAUAUAGACGCGGAGAGUAAUCACUCCGGGAAAGUUACAACGAGCUCUAUGGAAGAAAAAUUAGAACGCACAGUACGAUGUUCAUCAGUGCUGAUAGGCGCGCUGGGCAUCUCCCUGAUAGCGCUAGCAAUAUACACCGCGGUGCUGGUGCUCACUGAGUACCGGACUCCGAGGCCUUGUCUCAGUGAACAGUGCGUUGGAACUGAAAAACUAGAAGUUGACGGCAUCAAGCCGAUUCAAAGAAUCCUGCAGAAGUUGGGUCUUCCACCGCGGCCCCCUACAGAGAUGACUGCUAACUUCACGUGGGAGGCCGUAGCGGGUAAAGGACGUAGGAACCUGGGACUGAACGUGCUACUCAGCGUGCAGGUCGCUGAGGAUGUUAGGAAUACCAGCAGGAACCGCGUCGUGAUCGAGCAAGUAUCCCCAGGGUUCAGCGACCGCUACCUGCUGCAGCCGGAGCAGUUCUCGCACGAGCUGGCGCAGUACCACAAGUACAUCAAGUCCAUGAUCAGUAUCGCUGACAACGAGACCGACGCUGAACAGUUUGCUGAUGAUAUUGUCGAGUUCAGCAAGAAAUUGGCUAAGAUAAUGACACCAGUGGAAGUUCGUCGCAGUGGUACUCACUUGUUCCACGAGGUCAGCGUACAGCAACUGAUCCAGGGCUCCAGCGGUGGGCCAGCACAGUGGAAACAGCACGACUGGGAGCAGUACCUGCAGCUGGUGUUCUCGGCCACGAGCGUGGUGCUGCAGCCGCGCGCGGACCGCGUCAUCGUGAUGGACCUCCCCUACUUGCAGAAACUGUCCGUGUUGCUGGUCGACACCGAGCCUGUUAUUGUUGAACGUUUCCUAUGGUGGAGCGUGUUCUCGACGGUGGCGCCGAUGACGCUGCGGUCGUUCCGCGAGCUCGGCUUCGAGUUCUCGCGCGCCGUGUUCGGCCUGCAGCAGCGCACGCCGCGCUGGAAGAGCUGCACCGCCAACGUCAACGCCAACUUCGGGGUCGCCCUCAGCUACUUGUACGUCAAGAAGCACUUCGACUAUACUAGUCGCCAGAAGGCUAUCGAGAUGGUGGAGGACGUGCGUGAAGCGUUCGCUGCAGCCGUGGAGUCCCUGGACUGGAUGGACUCCAGCACGAGGCUGAAGACGCUGGACAAGCUGAAGGCCAUCCGCAACUUCGUCGGCUUCCCCGCCUGGCUGCUCACUCACGAACAACUUGAUAAACAUUAUAAACACGCGGAGGUAGUAGAGGGCAACUUGUUCGAUACGUACCUGAAGCUCACGUUUGCAGCGGUGAAGAAGUCGCUGGAGUCGUUGCGAGAGAAGCCAGACAGGAACAGAUGGGUAGCCACUGCUACCACUGUUAAUGCAUUCUAUUCGGCGACCCUGAACUCAGUCACAUUCCCUGCCGGUAUUCUGCAGCCACCCUUCUAUGGAAAUGGAAUUGAAGCGAUCAACUACGGAUCUAUUGGUGCCAUAAUGGGACAUGAGGUCACACACGGUUUUGACGAUCAAGGUCGUCGCUACGACGAGGAGGGCAACCUGAAGCAGUGGUGGUCGGCGGCCACCCUGGAGCACUACCACGGCAAGGUCCAGUGCAUCAUCGACCAGUACAGCAAGUACCACAUGCCGCAACUACCCAACUACACCGUGCACGGGUUCAACACGCAGGGCGAGAACAUCGCGGACAACGGCGGGCUGCGCGCCGCGCUGCGCGCCUACUCGCUGCUGGCCGCGCGCGCGCCGCUCGAGCGCCGCGCGGCGCUGCCCGGCCUGCCGCACUACAAGCCGCACCAACUCUUCUUCCUGGGGUUUGCACAGAUAUGGUGCGGCAACUCGACAGUGGGCGCUUUAAAAUCCAAAAUGGUGGAGGGCGUCCACAGUCCGAACAAGAUCCGAGUCAUCGGUACCCUGAGCAACUCCAAGGAGUUUGCGGAAGCCUGGAGUUGUCCACUCGGGUCGCCCAUGAACCCGGAACAUAAGUGCGUGCUCUGGUGACACUGUGAUUUAGCUAUAGGACUACCAAAGACUUCUAGAUUACCUAAAGUUACCGCCUUAGGGUUUACGUACAAGUUUUAUACUGCGAUGCACUCUUGAUAUUUUGCGAUGGAACUUUAUAUAAUAAGUUAAGUAGUCAUUUAUUUUGUUAAAACUUGAUUGUGCUGUGUUAUUGUGUGAUGAACUUGUGACUUGAAUACUGAUUGAUUUUGUACGGACUGGUAGAAAACAAAAUAAUGUGGACCUAUUUCAAAUAUGGAAUGUUUUCUUUAUUCAAAGUGAGUUCGUGAACAUAUAGACAAACAUUCUGUAUCUAAAAAAGAGGUUGAUUAAUUUGUUAAGAACUAUUAUAAAGAAAUGUGACUUCUAUAUUGCUUGUAAGUAUUGUGUUAAGAAAUAGCUGAACUUUUACUUAUUGAAUGAGAAAUAAUUCGAACAGUGAAGUUGUUGACUAUCAAUUAACGUUACCCAUAGAUAAAUUAAUUCUAAAAUAAGUAUUGUAAUUAGGUUUAAGUUAUGUGUUUCUUUAAGUUUUUAGCUUUAAGAACCAUUAAUACAUUUCUUAAUCAACUUAAAAAAUAUUUUAGUUUCAUAUUGUGAAGUUAAAAUAUAUUUUAAGUUCAACCAAUAAUAAUUUCCAAAUGAUAUUAUUUAAUUCAGUGACCAUUUUGAAUUUGUAACUAAUAUCAUUAUAUCGCGCAAUAACUGGAGUGCAUCUAUUAACAUAGUGAACAAAAAUUAUUUAUUAUGAACAAAUUAAAAAGAAUUCGAUAUUAUUUCAAGUUUUUUAUUUUUCGUUUAGUAGUAUUUUUCAAUACAACCUUACAUAAUUUAACAAUCAACGUUUUCAAGGUACUAUUGGGUUGAGUUCUUGUCACUUAGUAACAUGACAUGUGUCGAAAUGUUGCUUAAAAUUAGAAUGUUCAUUGCAGGCAUGCUUACGAAUCGACAGGCGUUCGAUUUUUGAAUAUUUUUAAGCAUGCGUAAUAGAACGCUUUCUAGUAUACUAUUUUAGAGCAUACUAGCUUUUUCGUACCGAUUUCGUACGCGCAAUCCCGUUUUCUACCGUUCCCGUAGGAAUUUCAGGAUUUUUUUCUGUCAUAAGAACCUUCU